AUGUCAAAAGAAUAAGAAUUACCAAUUUACAAUCAAUAGACUCCUUCGUUAUUGAGUUAAAUAUCAAAAGUUCAAUACCCAAUAAUAUUAAGUAAUGUAAUACCAGCUGCUUAAUACAUUCAAUUGGAUGAUGUUUAAUAAGCAGUAGCAGAGAAGAUUGUAGCAAUAAAUGCUAAUAAUGAUAGAUAAGGAUUUCUAAUUGAAUACUAUAAAAAUAUCUUAAUCCAACAUUCAAUAAUAUUUGGAUUAUUUUUACUUGGAUUGACAUAAUUAUUGGAAGUUAAUUCAGAUGGACUUGGUUUGUGGUUUUAAGCUUAUUAAUUGUCUUAGUAUUAGGACUUCCUAUUAUUAGAAAAUAUAGAUUUAUUGUAAUCCAUAUUGUUUUUUAUAUAGUAGGUCUCUAAAUAAACUCAAUUAUUCUAUUUCUAAACAGUGUUGAUAGCCUUUCUUUUGAUAGGUAUAGCUGGUUAUUAAAGAGGAAAUAUAUUUAGUAGGAGAGUAGAUCUUUGGAUCAUUCUAGUUUUAACAAUAUUAAUUGUUCUUGAUUUAAUUCAGAUUGUUAUUGUUAGAACAUAAAAGAUUACUAUUUUAAUGAAAUUUACAAUUAUGGAAUCAUUUAUUCUAAAUUUUAUACUAGGAUUAUCAAAUAGAUACCUUGAUGAUGGAUUUGCAAUUUCAGAAUUUAUUAUCAUUUAUUUUAAUUAAUUGAAUCAAUAAUUAUUGAAAUAGACACAUGAAGUACCAGAGGAAUUAUCACUUAUUGAUAAAAUCAAAUAACUUGUUUUGAUUGAUUAAUUUAAUUAGGAAGUUAGAGAAAAUCAAAUAAUUGAAUAAUUAUAAGAUACUCAUUUGUAAUCAGCAAACAUUUGACAAUUACUAUUGUAUCAGAAAUUGGAUAUCUUACAGUAUUAAUAUUAAGUAUUAUUACUGGAAAUGGCUUUUUGAUAUUCACCUUGAUUUUAGGAUCAAUUUCAAUACUAGGUGUGAUACUAGAAACAUAAGUUGCCUCAAGAGUAAUGAUUAAAUUUUAUAUUUCUAUUACAGUUUAAAAUAAGAAGAUUCAAAAUUUGCGGUUUGUUUGACUUAUCUUGAUAUGGCUAUUUCUCUUAGGUUAUUAUUGAGAAAUUUAUACAAUAAUUGA